UUUUCGUUCUCACCUAACAAUGAACAGAAAAACAAUAAAGAAAAGAAGUAAAGUCACAGAGUUCUCGUCAAUCAUCAACCCCCCAUCAUAGUUUCUCUCUCGAAAACUAUCAAAAUUUCAAGAGAGAGAGAAACUAAAGUGCUUUCUAAAGCAUCGUCGAAGCCAGUAGUCCAGAAAAACUCGAACAAUAACUGAGAUUCCGGAAAAUGGCUACUCUGCAACAAUUAGAAAUGGAAUCAGGAGGAGCUGACUCCGUAACAUCAACACCACGAAGUAACCAGACACCAAGAUUUAGUGAUGAUUUACAGCCGCGUAUCAGAUUCAUGUGCAGUUUCGGUGGUCAGAUUCUUCCAAGACCUCAUGACAAUCAACUUCGAUAUGUUGGAGGUGAUACACGGAUUGUGGCUGUUCAACGUGGUACAAAUUUCUCUGGCCUACUUAACAAAGUCUCAAAACUAUCAGGUGAUAGCGACAUCACAAUCAAAUAUCAGCUACCAAAUGAAGAUCUUGAUGCUUUAAUCUCUGUAAGUACUGAUGAAGAUGUUGAGAACAUGAUGGAUGAAUAUGAUCGGUUAGUACAAGGCAGUAUCCCUAAUUCUAAUCCUAAAUUAUCUCGUCUCCGCCUAUUUCUAUUUUCUGCUGGCAACUCUCGGUGCAGUAGUAUUGGAUCACUGCUUGAUGGAUCAACGAAGAGGGAAAGUUGGUUUGUUGAUGCUCUUAAUGGUGGAUCAGCUUCACUGGAACGAGGCAGGUCUGAAGUAUCAUCAAUCGUAUCUGAAGUUCCUGAUUAUCUGUUUGGACUCGAUACCUCGGAUGAAUCAAAACCUAAGAAUCGGCAGAUUUUGGGGGAUAACAUUUCUAAUUCGGAUCCUGGAUCACCUGCUCCAGUGAAUUCAUCUCCGUACUGUUCGACUUCAUCCAUUCGGAAUCUUCGACCUGUCAAGACUAAGCCAAUUAAUCCAAUUUCAACUGUAGAUACCAAGGAGACACAGGUUGAAAGUUUCAUUGAUACAGUAGCGGAGCCAGUGAUGCAGCAGCAAAGGCAACAGCCACAGCAACAAACCGGUAACCCUAGUUGGCAUUACAUGCCAACUUCAGAAUCACAUCAUUAUCCAGGUCCUUCCAUCCAACAAGUACCAAUGUAUUACGUGCCGGGUUCUGGUCCAGUCCAACCUGUUCAUAUUCAAAAUCCGUACGUCACGCGAAUUCAAGCACCAUUGGGUCAGAUGCCAGUUUAUAGGCAUCAAGUUCCUGGUAUGGCUCAGGUAUAUGGAGGAGGAAUGAGACCAGUAGAAACAUAUGAUUUCCCAACUGGGGUGAUUUCAUCAGAAGGACAACAAAUGUACUAUGGAGGAAGGAAUUCCCCUAUGUUUCCGGCUUACGGUGCUGCCAUGGUCAAUACUGGAGUGGAAACGCAAGGGAGUGGAAUGGAGCAGAAACCCGAAACUCGGUAAGGGCUAGCUAUGCGUUGAUGGGGAUGUAAAGCUAGGUUUCAGGAUCAUGAAGCAGAUCUGCACUACCCAUUUUUCAGGUUCCAGGUAAAUUGGUAGUUUUCCAGUUGAAUUGGGUAAUUUGGAUUGCCUUUCUUUCUUCAUUGUGCAUUAAGUCAGAUUCUUGUAAGGUAUAUAGUUAUGUAAGUAAAAUAAAAUGAUAAAGGCAGUGGAUGUCCAAAACUUUCAAGCUCUUUGCGUUUUCUGGAAUACAAUUUGGAUCGAAGUUGUAUAUACUUUAGUUUCUGAUAACCAUAUGGUGUUUGAA